AUAACGUAACCUCACUUUUACAUCGCGGAAAUUUAAAUAUAUUUAAAUUUUAUUAUCUUUUUUAGAAAAUCUGAGAGUAAAAUGGAUUUGCCGAGGUAUAAAUUUAAUUCGCAUAAUGACGGCGAUUUAUUGGACUUUCUUAAAACCGCCAACGAAUGCAAAAAUGAAACCUGUUGUGAUUUAGAUGAAUACGAAAAAUUGAAAAUUUUAUUUCCGUUGGAAGAAGGUACAAAGGUGAAACUGGAACAAUAUCCUCAAAAUAUAAAGGAGUUUAUUGAUAUAACAAGCGAUGAUGAAGAUAUGAAUCAAGAGUCUCUUCUUAAAGCAGAUGACGACAAUAUUAUAAAAGAAAUAUCUAGUAUGUUAGAACAUUCUUCGGUUAGAAAAGAAAUAAGUGAUAUGGUUGAUACUAUAAAGGAUAUAUUAAUGAGUAAAGAUGAAAUGCCUGAUUCAGUAUUUAAUGAUUUAUCCUCAUUAAAAAAUGAAGAAUUAAAUCAAGUGUUUGAAUCAUUAAAUUCAAAACUUAAUUUGGACGAAGUAGAACGCUUUUGGCAUUCACUAGAUAGCUAUCAUACUUUAUGUGAAACUAUCAUACCACAUUACAUAAGAAGACUAUUUUUACCAAAAAUUAAAGAAGUUUACAACACAGAUAUUCAAGGUAUUUUUGUUGCCCAUAUGGAAAAGUAUACAGACAUUUUUAGGAGAAUAUUAGUCGAGGAUUUUUUAGAACAGGCUCUUAGUCAAGUGUUGAUGAGCUACGUUUUGUCUACAAGUGUCAAAUUUAAGACUAAUCUUUUAAGGGAUUUCCUUACAUCGACACAGAAGUUAAAAGAAUACUAUAUUCCGAUAAUCGAGGCAUUGUUAAAUCCCCAAACUGAUGUUAACGUAGCUAGCCAAGUUAUAGAACUUAUGUCUAAUUCAGCAUAUGAAUUUGUAAAUGAUAAUUCAUAUGGAAAAUUGUUAUUUAACGUUGUCAAUUGCAUCAAAAAUCAUAUACCUAAACUAGAACAACCUCUAAAGCAUAUUUUGAGCAUACAUCAAAGUAUUUGGAAAAUAAAGGUACAAAAAAUUGUUGUGGCUAACUUAGAGGAGAGUUUCAGUCAAAGUUUUAGGUAAAAUAAAUAAGGUGUGGUACAAAAAAGAUUUAUUAAGUAAUGAAAUGUACAGAAUAAGAAAACAAAAUAUUUUAUUACUGAAAGUUGGAAUAAAAAAAUGAUGUAAUGAAAU